CACACAUGUGCGCUGAAACAAGCUUCGUUUUGUAGUUGGAUAACAUUUCGGUUGCCCAAAACAAAAGCUAAAAAGAUUGGAAAAAUGUCAGUCCGAGCGAUGGGGGUCUUGGGCCAGGCAUGCCGCUUCAGCCGCUUUGCUUUAUUGAGUAAAAGCCAGCGAUCCGCCCCAGCAGCCCUUAAUCUCGCCUUGGGAUCACUGCGAUCGCCGGCCGCGCUUUCGCUUUGUCGCUUCUCCACGGAGACCAAGAAAGCCUCAGAGUCGGUGGUGGACAAGCACGAGUUCCAAGCGGAGACCCGCCAGCUGCUCGAUAUCGUGGCCCGAUCCCUGUACUCAGACCAUGAGGUGUUCGUCCGCGAGCUUAUCUCCAAUGCCAGCGAUGCGCUUGAAAAGUUCCGGUAUACCUCGCUCAGUGCUGGGGGCGAGAAUCUGGCUGGCAAGGAUCGGCCCCUGGAGAUUCGCAUCACCACCGACAAGCCUUUGAUGCAGCUGAUCAUCCAGGACACUGGGAUUGGCAUGACCAAAGAGGAACUGGUCAACAACCUGGGCACCAUUGCGCGCAGCGGCUCCAAGCAAUUCCUUGAGCAGAUGAAGGGCGACCAACAGGCGGCCACAUCGCAGGCUUCCUCCAACAUCAUCGGCCAGUUCGGCGUGGGUUUCUACUCGUCCUUUAUCGUUGCCAACAAGGUGGAGGUGUACACGAGGGCGGCCACGCCCAAUGCCCCCGGUUUAAAGUGGUCCACAGACGGCAGCGGGUCCUAUGAAAUCGCAGAGGUGCCGGACGUUGAGCUGGGCACGCGGAUUGUUUUGCACCUUAAGACCGAAUGCCGGGAGUACGCCGAUGAGGAGCGGAUCCAGGCCGUGAUCAAGAAGUACAGCAACUUUGUGGGCUCGCCCAUAUUGCUGAACGGCAAGCAGGCCAACGAGAUCAAACCUCUAUGGCUGCUUGAUCCGCAAAGCAUCAGCAAGGAGCAGCACCACGACUUCUACCGCUUCAUUAGCAAUAGCUUUGAUGUUCCGCGUUUCACGCUGCACUACAACGCCGAUGUGCCCUUGAGCAUCCACGCUCUGCUAUACUUUCCCGAGGGCAAACCGGGGUUAUUCGAGAUGUCUCGGGACGGAAACACCGGCGUUGCCUUGUAUACGCGCAAGGUGCUUAUACAGUCGAAGACUGAGCACCUUUUGCCUAAGUGGCUACGCUUCGUGAAGGGGGUCGUCGACUCUGAGGACAUUCCGCUUAACCUGAGCCGCGAGCUGCUUCAAAACAGCAGUCUGAUCCGCAAGCUUUCCAGCGUGAUUACCACCCGCGUUAUCCGUUUCUUGCAAGAGCGCUCCAAGAAGCAGCCAGAGGAUUACGAAGCCUUUUACCGCGACUACGGGCUUUUCCUGAAAGAGGGCAUUGUAACUUCUAACGAUGCCAACGAAAAGGAGGAAAUUGCAAAGUUACUGCGAUUUGAGUCCUCCAAGUCGGAGACCUCCAGUGGCCGCAUGUCACUGGAGGAGUACUACAACGCGGUUCCUGCUGAGCAGCAAAAUAUAUACUACUUGGCAGCACCCAACCGCGUCCUGGCCGAGUCGUCGCCCUACUACGAGAGUCUGAAAAAGCGCAACGAGCUGGUGCUUUUCUGUUAUGAGCCGUACGACGAGCUGGUGCUCAUGCAACUGGGCAAGUUCAAGAGCAAAAAACUCGUGUCCGUCGAGAAAGAGAUGCGCGAAGAGUCCAAGGAAACAGCGACGGCCACCGACUUUGGCGAGGGAAGCCUGCUGCGCUCGGAGUUGGACAACCUUAUUCCCUGGCUGGAGGAGGAGCUGAAGGGACAGGUAAUCAAGGUUAAGGCCACUUCCCGGCUGGACACUCACCCUUGUGUUAUCACCGUGGAGGAGAUGGCAGCCGCCCGCCACUUUAUCCGCACACAGAGUCACCAGGUUCCGGAACAAAACCGAUUUGCCCUUCUUCAGCCGGAGCUGGAGAUCAACCCAAAGCACGCCAUCAUCAAGAAGCUGAACAAGCUGCGCGAGAGCGACAAGGAGCUAGCACAAUUGAUCGCAAAGCAGCUCUUCGCAAACGCGAUGGUGGGCGCCGGACUGGCGGAGGAUCCUCGAAUGCUGCUGACCAACAUGAAUGCACUGCUUUCGCGAGCUCUGGAGAAAUACUAGGAUGGGCCGCCAGUUGUGCAUUGUAAAUCUACAGACUAUGUAAUAUUAAUUUGUAAAAUUUAAAAUAAUAUGUUGAAAUAGUUAUAAAAAGUA